AUGGCUUACCCUAGCUUCACUGUUAUGCCUGUUUAUCUUCAUGCAGUUCUCUUUAGAGGAGAUCUCUCACAGGACUCUUGUCAGGCUUGUCUCAACAAGUCUACUGAUAUUCUCUUGCGAAAUUGUUCAACUCAAAAGGAAGCAAUCAUAUGGGCAGAAGAUUGUAUGGUGAGAUACUCAUACAACUUGAUAUUUGGUAUUAAACAAGAGGACCCUCUUGAGUAUGUGCCUAGCCCAAACCCUCCUAAAAAUCCUCAAAAUUUUGAGCCGGUGCUUACCCCCUUGUUGGGUAUUUUAAGGGACAGAGAUUCGUCAGGGAAUUCUCUUCAAAAAUUUGCAGCAGGGCAUGCACCUGUCCCUGGAGAUGAAACAAUAUACGCGCUUGCUCAGUGCACUCCAGACAUGGACAAGAAAAACUGCAGCAAUUGCCUUAACAAGACCAUCUUAGAUAUUCCAACAUGUUGCCGUGGAAGGAAUGGAGGAAGAGUCCUUAAACCCAGCUGUAAUUUAAGGUAUGAGAAUUAUAGUUUCUUUGAGUCUAGAGCCGGUUCGUUAGUAGAUAUUUCACCUCCAGUUCCGCCAGCACCAGCACCUGAAGAAGCAAAAAAGAAGAGUAACACAAAACAAACUGUCAUCAUCAUCGUUGUAGUUUUGGUUGUUUUUGUCACUAUUGUCAGCAGCAUAUGCUUUUUCUUCAGAGUAAGGAAACGAAGGGUAAAACUUGAACAAGAUGAGAAUUCGGAGGACGUUAGUCUGGUGGAAUCGUUGCAAUAUGAUUUUGAAACUAUAAGAUCUGCAACAGAUGACUUCUCUGAUGCAAAUAAGCUGGGACAGGGUGGAUUUGGAGCCGUUUACAAGGGUGAGCUAGCGAAUGGAAGAUAUAUAGCUGUGAAAAGGCUCUCUAAGAAUUCUGCACAAGGUGAUCGUGAAUUCAAAACUGAAGUCACGUUAGUUGCUCAACUUCAGCACCGGAACUUAGUGAGGCUGCUAGGUUUUUGCUUGAAAAAAGGGGAAAGAAUCCUCAUUUAUGAAUAUGUGCCUAACACAAGCCUUAAUCAUUUCAUUUUUGAUCCGACUGGUCACGCACAUUUGGAUUGGGAAACACGUUACAAAAUCAUAGGAGGCAUUGCUCGAGGGCUUCUUUACCUUCACGAAGAUUCUCGACUUCGAAUUAUUCACCGUGAUCUUAAACCUAGCAACAUUCUGUUGGAUGAAGAUAUGAAUCCUAAAAUUGCGGAUUUUGGCAUGGCGAGAUUGUUUAUGAUGGAUCAAACUCAAGGAGAUACUAAGACAAUUGUGGGAACCUAUGGAUAUAUGGCUCCAGAGUAUGUAAUUUAUGGACGUUUUUCAGUCAAGUCGGACGUCUUUAGUUUUGGCGUGUUAGUUCUUGAAAUCUUAAGUGGUAAAAGGAUUAGCAGUUUUCGAAACAGAGAGAAUGAGGAGGAUCUUUUAAGCUAUGCUUGGAGGAAUUGGAGGAAUGAUACGGUGGCAAAUAUCACGGACCCAAAGCUGACGACAGGUUUAGGAAUUGAAAUGAUGAGAUGCAUCCACAUUGCAUUGCUAUGCGUCCAAGAAAAUGUGGCAAGCAGCCCAUCCUUGGCUUCAGUUGUCUCUAUGCUUAACAGCCAUUCUGUCACACUCUCACUACCCUCACGACCGGCAUAUUAUUUGCAAUAUAACAGUGGAUCAGACAUAACAGGGUCCGAUGAAUCCAAUAUAAGUGUCAGGAAAUAA